AUGGAUAACCUUGAAAAUCAUCAUUGUAAUAGGGCUUUUGGAAUGACAAAUGAACAAAUAGAAAUUCUUCGAAAACAAAUCGCAGUUUAUGCAUACAUCUCUGAACUCCUCAUUCAAAGACAUAAUAACUUUUCUUCUUGCCAACACUUCACUAGUGGGGCUAGGAUGAAAUUGAUUUAUGAUCCAUUAUUGAUAAACAAAAUAAGUUUGAAGCAGCGUUGGAAACCAACAAAUUCACAGAUUCAAGCCCUGGAGCAAAUAUAUGCAGCUGAUCAGCGGACUCCAAACAAGGAAAGGAUAAAGAAGAUAACAGUUGAUUUAAGUAAAUUCGGGCCGAUUUCAGAGUUCAAUGUAUAUAUUUGGUUUCAAAAUAGGCGUGCUAGGUUAAAGAAAAAGAAGAAUAAUGUUGAUGUUAAAUCAAAAGUAGAGAUCAAGGUUAAUUCUAAAGAUAAGAAGAUCGAACAAAACAAGUCUGUUGCGUCUUCGUCUGACAAAAAUUUAGGCCACCAAAACUCUCAAGUGAAUUCUGACUUUUCACCAUACUUAAAUCCUGAGUUAGAAGAUCUUUUUGCGAUUCUCUAA